AAAAUAUAAGCGAUACUGCCAGAGGCGCCUAGUCGAAAUAAAGGACUAUCUCAGCGAUUUCCGAACCCUCCCCACCCCCACACCCACCCGAUCCAACCGAGUCCCGGCGGCGAUGGCGGCGGCGGCGACGAACGCCGAUGUGGAGGUGGUCGACUUCGACCUCGAUGACGACGACCUCAUGGACGAGGACGCCGGGCCGGAUCCAGCACCGCCCCCCGCCUCCCGCCUCCGCUCCACCAUCGCGGGCGACGACGCGCCGCGUAGGACCAAGGGCCGCGGCUUCCGCGAGGACCCUAACUCCUCCGCGACCCGCGACUCGCGCUUUGGCGCGGGGGGACGCGCCGACCUCGACUCGCUUGGCGGCCCUGGACCCAUCCAGUCAAUUGAAGGAUGGAUUGUGUUGGUCACAGGAGUUCACGAAGAAGCUCAAGAAGAUGACCUUCAAAAUGCUUUCCAAGAAUUUGGGCAGGUCAAAAACCUGCAUUUGAAUUUGGACCGCCGUACCGGAUUUGUCAAGGGGUACGCUUUGAUUGAAUACGAGAAGUUUGAAGAAGCUCAGGCUGCAAUAAAAGAACUGGAUGGAGCUGAGCUUUAUAAACAAAGAAUGAGUGUUGAUUGGGCAUUUAGCAGUGGCCCUGCUAAACGCAGAAAUACUCGGAAAAGGUCACCACCAAGAGCUCGUUCAAGGACCCCACCCAGGAGAAGGCACUGAUGUUUCCCCAGCAUGUCUUGAACUACUUGCUAUGUGUGACAGAGAGCAAGAAGUCUGGGGAUUCCAAAUAUUACCUUGGUGUAUGUGGAUCACCUGAUUUCGAUGGUGGUUAUUAAAUUGCCUGUUGUUUCCUUAUUGGGAUUCCAAAUAUUAGCUUUGAACUCUGGUGUAAGUUGAUGAGACAUGGAUGUGCACUUAGACGCUUACCAUUAUGUUUGGCAUGCCAGUUGGAGACGAUUGUUGGAGGCGAUUGUAUGGGAUCAUGCUUUUGGAUUUUUGACGAGUGAUGAGUUGAUGUUGGAUUUUUA